GUUUACUUAAGGCCAUUCAUUCCAUUUCCCUCUGCGUACGAAAAAGACGAGUACAUCGAUACCAUCAUAAAUUACAAGGUUUGACCAGCUCUAACAAGAACCGUAAUGUUAGGCGCCAUUUGGCCGAGGAAGUGAAAGCAGGCAGUAUUGACCAAUUUCCAUUAACUACCAAACAAACGUACACGAGCGCAUUCUGAGAGGCUCUCCACCUCAUCAACCACAUGGACAAAACCACUUUGGAGAUGGAGCUGUCAUACGACAAACCCAACAAGAGUGAAUACUCUGUAAGGAGAUCGGGCCGUCCUUAUACCAAGGACUAUCGCAUCUUCUUCGAGCGGUCUCUCGACAAAGUGCCUGUGUCUCCCUUCCACGACAUCCCGCUCUACAAUGACAAGGACAAGGGCAUCCUGAACAUGGUGGUGGAGGUGCCGCGGUGGACAAACGCCAAGUUCGAGAUAUCCCGAAACGAAAGCCUCAACCCAAUUCACCAAGACAACCUCGACAAGAAGCCCCGCUUCGUCAAGAACUUCUUCCCCUACAAGGGCUACAUCUGGAACUACGGUGCCCUGCCCCAGACCUGGGAAGACCCGCACCACACAACCCCCGAGACGCACACCAAUGGCGACAACGACCCGCUCGACGCCUGCGAGAUAGGCCGCGCCGUGGCCUGCCCGGGCGAUGUCAAGCAGGUCAAGGUUCUUGGCAUCCUGGCGCUGCUUGACCAGGGCGAGACCGACUGGAAGGUGCUCGUCAUCGACGUGCGGGACCCGCUGGCGGAGAGGCUGAGUGACAUUGCGGAUGUCGAGGAGCACUUACCUGGCAUGCUUGGCGCGAGUAUCGACUGGUGGAGGGUGUACCGGGUGCCGGAUGGGCAGCGCGGGAAUGGGUUUGGGUUUGGGGGGCGGUGGUUAGAUAGGGGGCAUGCGAAAAAGGUCAUUGGGGAAUGUGAGGAUGCGUGGAAGAGGUUGAUCACGGGAAAGGUGGAGCGAGGGGAUAUCUCGCUGGACAACACCACGCUAAAGGACACGCCGGGCAACCUUGAUCCGGACAAGGUGCACUUGCCGCCAGAUGAGGUCUUGUCUCCGGCACCCAUUGAGCAGGAUUUGGAGGAGUGGUACUAUGUUGACAGAGACGCUGUGGAUGCUCAAAAGGCAUCGUUAGAAGGCAGUUGUUUGCACGUUGAGUUGAAUGUGCAUUGGUAGGACCACGGCUGUUGUGAUUUUGUGACCUAGAAACUUGGGGGGAGGUAAGUGGCGGUCGAGGUUUAGGCUGUGACUGGGAUGACCGUUGGAUUGGUCAAACGGAGGCCUUGAAGAGGCAUGAAGCGGAAUCAUGUUUGAAGACAACUGACAGCUUAGCGAGCAAUGCUACCUGAUAAGCAAGUUGGACCGGCAUGCCCGCCAACAUCAAGAGGAG